ACCAAAUUGUAAGCAAAAAUUAACCUUAUUUGUAGUGUUUGAGACUAACACAUGUGCAAUAAAUGUACUUUUCUGUCAUAAUUUAAUUAAAUUGUACGUUAGUGGUGUAACAAAUAUAAUGAUGGAGGCAGAAAGUGUUGUUAUGAGUCGUUGCGAUGACACCCCAAGAAAUGUAAAUCUGGAUCCAGUCCUCAUGGAUAUAGAAAAAUUCAUGCUCGAAACCGAGAACAUAACAAACAAACCAAUAAAAAACAUCACUAAAGGUUACGAGAGUGCGGAGGAAAUAAUAAAAGUCCUUGAACACGAAAAUAAAGAAGGUUCACUUAAAAUGUUUAUAUGUAAAAACCACUGUCAUGAAUCCAAUGAGUUCCACUUGCCGCCCAAAAAGCGCAAAAUUGAAGAAAAAAAAGAACACAAAGAGAUGAAAAAACGCUUAAAAAAGAACGUAAAAAUGUGCCUAAUCAAAUGUUUGAAGGAAAUAAAAUACCACGAAACGAAAAAAAUUACGAGGUUGAGACGACGCCGUCCCCGAGUCGAUUUUUCCCCCGAUGAAUGUCAAAAUCAAGCAACGGUAACAAAAGCACAAUUGCGAAACGAUUCAAAAACGAUUUGUGUUAUAAAACAAGAAAAUCAAGAAAUCGUUGAUUUAACCACCGAGAAAGACUCGUGUUUUAUGAAAGUAAAUUUUGCUUUGCUAAAAGAGAUCUACAACCCUGAAUUCAAUUGCGAGAUAAUUGAACCUUGGGAGAUUGCCACUUGUGGGGUUAGUGAACCACCCCGUGCCCAUGUUUACACCCACGAUGUGCACACUUUCGCAAACAAAACCAUCGACUUGUCUUCAGAUAACGAAGACAAUGACUUUGUUAUUUCAAGUGCGAAAGAAUGUGCUAAUAAGAUCCUCCCUCUAGUCUACAGGUUCCAUGUCAACCUCUCCAUGGAGAACCUCCUCCACAAUAUGCAAAGUCGGGAGGAUGAUGAGGAUUAUGAUAAAGUUACCUUCAAGUUCCUGGCCAAAAUGGCAUCCAUAGUGGGGCACAAACUCGCCAAAAUUCUCUCACAAAUCCAUGUCAAAAAUUUGGACUUUGAGAGGUUCUUGGAGAUUCUCGUGUGGAAGUUGGGGGAGAAGUACCAGAAGUCGGUUGAUACGAAGAAGGUUCUCUUGUAUUUGCACUUAAUGUUGAGCCAGAAUGAGGAUUGUUGCACAGGGGGCGCAGCGUUGAAGCUCCUCAAGCAAAUCAGUAAUUAUCAAAAUGUUGGUUGUGAGGAGUUUGAGGUUGUUUUCACCAAAGAACAACUGAAUGAACUUCAGUGGCAGAUUGUGAAGUACCAUGAGAUUGUGGCACGACAGGAAGAGCUCCUGGGUUUUCUAGUCGAUGAAGAAUGCAACUCGAGUCAGAAAUUAAGUGAUAUUUCAGUUAUAGAUCUUUCAGAUUAGUAUUAAUGUUUUGUAUUAUCAAAGUUUAAAUUGUGUUAUUUUUUACAAUAAAGGUGUUAUUUUUGAA